AUGAAGACGUUUACCAGGAAUGCAGACGCCUCUGCCCUUCGAUGCCCACCGGGCUGCGACGAUGAAGCCUUUUCUCAUGUUCGAAAAAUAGACCAUGUCGCGCGCAACUCACCCGAGGACGUGUACGGGCGCGGAUCUUGGGGCUACACAGUGCUCCGAACGACAUAUUCCCAUGAGUCAGACGCACUUUUCCCCAUUGCGGUGGAAAAGCUCAACCGCUGGAUUAAAGGCUUCUGGGCCUUUCAGAGCCUCUUUGUGCGGCAAUCGGCAGAGUUUAUGUAUCUGAAAACCGACCCGAUUUACAACGACGUUAUCGCUGAGCGCUUCUGCUUAGACAUUGUCGAAGAUCGCGAAAAGCUCAAUUGUAGCGACUUGCAAGCUGCCAGUCCUGCUGAUGUUGAUCUUUUGGGUCAGCGAUUUGACGUGUGGCGUAUCUCUGUUGGCGCAGAGCAUGGCUUCGAAUGGAGCCCACGUUUCUCCGAUUGUAUCCUGAUCGACGAUAACUCAUUGGCCUCUUUGAAUAAUCUACCCGAAUAUCCACCAGAUCUCAAGGCCCUCUUAGGGUCUCGAGUACCCACGCAGAAAUUUGAUCAAUGGUACGACGACGGGAGCGCAUAUGUGUGGCUAAUGGAUGCACGGGGAGUCUCGAAAUACGCGAGAGAUGCAGACUUGCAACAAGAAAGACCUAGCGCACGGGGAUGGUUCAAAAUUUCCCUCUUGAUGCUAUGGGAGGCCUGGGAUGCCAGAGCCUCGUAUGAUGCAGGGACGGUUCUGUCGUGCGAAAACGAUGUGGAUGAUGAAGAUCCCGACAGUUACUGGUACGAUUGGUGA